AUGACGUGCAGCCCGACGCCAACCGCCUCCUCCGCAUUUCCCCAGAAUCAUAAGAAAUCGCUCCUCACAGCAUCCGUCCCUCCUUCAGGGGAGGCAGUCGUGAUUCCAUUCUUCAUUUUGUUCAAUGAAUGCGGACAUACUCGGAUUCAUCAGAACCAUGUCUUUACGUCUUGUGGCCCGGAUAUCGCGGCCAGCACGCAGUCCGAGAACGAUCAUCCUCCCUUCCGUCAAGCGAUGGGGGAGCACGAUCUCCCAGCGGCCAGGAUCGGACAGGUAUUUGACCAACAACGGGAGAUCUUUUACGAGAGGAACAAUGUGUCUGACGGCGUGUUCACGUCUAGGGUCCAGUUUCCCGGUGCUGUCAACAGCAAAUUCACCACACAAAUGUCCUUUAUCAACCCCGCCGAAUCGUCCAGCAUCCCUACCUUCCGGAUGAUGGACUCGGAUGGAAAGCUGCUAGAGAAGGAUCGCAAAGCGCUCGAUGUCUCGGACGAUGAGGUUUUAACAUGGUACAAGAACAUGUUGACUGUGAGCGUGAUGGAUGUGGUCAUGUUCGAGGCCCAGAGGCAAGGACGUCUUAGUUUCUACAUGGUCUCUGCAGGCGAAGAGGGCAUCAGCGUCGGGUCCGCCGCGGCCCUGACGCCAGACGACGUUGUGUUCGUGCAAUAUCGCGAAACAGGCGUCUUCCAGCAGCGCGGCUUCACACUCAAAGACUUCAUGAGCCAGCUCUUUGCAAACCGCAAUGACAACGGCCGAGGACGGAACAUGCCCGUCCACUAUGGCUCCAACUACCCCCGCACACACACCGUCUCCUCCCCUCUCGCCACCCAAAUCCCCCAAGCCUCAGGCGCCGCCUAUGCCCUGAAGCUCCAAGCCCUCCAAAACCCAGACACACCGCCCCGCAUCGUCGCCUGCUACUUCGGCGAAGGCGCCGCCAGCGAAGGCGACUUCCACGCCGGGCUCAACAUCGCCGCCACCCGCUCCUGUCCCGUCGUGUUCAUCUGCCGCAACAACGGCUACGCCAUCUCCACCCCGACGCUAGAACAGUACCGCGGCGACGGUAUCGCCAGCCGCGGCGUCGGCUACGGCAUCGACACCAUCCGCGUCGACGGCAACGACAUCUUCGCCGUGCACGAGGCCAUGCGCGAGGCCCGCCGCAUCGCCCUCACCGACGGCGGCCGCCCCGUGCUCAUCGAGGCCAUGAGCUACCGUGUCUCGCACCACAGCACGAGCGACGAUAGCUUCGCGUACCGCGCCCGCGUCGAGGUCGAGGACUGGAAACGCCGCGACAACCCCAUCAUCCGCCUGCGGAAGUGGUUGGAGAACGAAGGGCUGUGGAACGAGGAUCUCGAGCAGGAGACGCGCGAUGCGCUGCGGAAGGCCGUGCUGAAGGAGUUUGGCGACGCCGAGCGCGAGAAGAAACCGCCCAUCCGUGCCGCGUUUGAGGGGGUGUAUGACGAGGUCACCGAGGAGGCACAGGCGCAGAUGAAGGAGCUGCGCCGCAUUCUCGAGACGUAUCCCGAGGAAUACGAUCUUCGGGAAUACUACGAAGGAAUCAAAGGGCUGUAG